AUGGAUGAGCUCAGCUCAGUUGCGGAAAUUAAUGAUCCUGACCUUAUAUGUAUUUUUAAGACCUGGCUAGAUCCCAGCAUAUACGAUGGAGUUAUAUCUAUUGGACUUAACUAUACUCCGUACCGAAAAGAUAGAGGAACACUUGGCGGCGGUUUAAUUACUUAUGUUAAAACUGCAAUACCUUCUAGCCGCUUGUUUGACAUGGAAGAGGAAGGCAAAGAGGCUCUGUGGCUAUUGUUGAAACCACAAAGACUUCCAAGGCUUUUCAGUUGCAUUGUUAUGGUUGCAGUUUAUUAUCCGCCAGGUCAAGCGCUAUAA